CAACAACGCGAGUAUGAAAUCUUCUCUCAAAUUGAUGUAGGACAUCAGUAUCUCGAACCCUUUCUCUUACUUUUUAAGGCUGGGGGGAAACUUUGAUAAGCCAUUCCAGGCCAAAAGAAAAUUCACUCCUUUUGUCUUUCAUUAAUUUAUUUCUGGGGCCAUAGGACGACGCAGCACGACAAUACCUUGCUCUUUUCCUUGUUCGGCGGCAUCUGUACUGUACGAUCGAUUGCUUGUAAUCUAGUGAUUGCAUGUGGCGAUGAGCUUAGAGUAACAGCCAAUUUCUGGUCUACUAUUUGAGCUUUCUUGUUAAGUCUUGCGUGAGCUCUGAUUAAGCUUACCGGAUUAUUGUUCUCCAUUGUCCGAAUUGUAAAUACACAAAGGCCUGUGUUACUUGGUUUUGAGACGACAUUUGCUGUCAGCCUAUUGUUCUAGAAGGAGGAACAAAGGACCAGGGUUGAGGAAGAAAAAAGUAAACAUCGGAAAGAGAAGGAAACUUUUGGAUACGAGUGAAGGGAUUAUCGAUAACGAGGGUACGAAGGUGAAGGGACUUGUCACUGAGAAGUAAGGAGGAGGAUUGAAGCCUGGGGGAUAGUGAGUGAGUGAGGGAGUGAAGGUAUUCAGAGGCUCGAAGAAGGAGACAAAGACAAACAUGGGAGUUUUCAAGUCACUUGGUCUUUCGCCGGCCAAAGCGGCAGGUGCAAAGGCCUUGCGUCGUCUUUUUGGGCGGGUGCUUCCAGGCGAGACUGACAGUGCCAGUGACACUGAUCAAACGGGCAGGGGCAACUCCAGUAACGACAACAAUACUCAAAGGGAGAAAAACAACAAAGUCAACGCAGAUUCUUCAUCUACAAAACAUCAGGAUACAUCUGCCCCGACCGAUAAUCGCCUACAACAAGACGCUCUCACCAAUACUGAAACAUCUGCAACUACCUCCGAUAUGGUGUCGCCUCAGAAGCACGUCCCCCAGGGGAUCGUGGACAAGGAGAACCAACCGCCAAACACGGCUCAGCUGUCAGAAUCGCUCUCUCGUCUGAAAAUUGGAGAGGAGAAGGCUGUCGCAACAUCCCCCAAGCCCGUCGUUUCCACUGCCCCUGCUGCUGCUGCCGAGGAUGCAGCUCCCGCCGUUCAAGGUGUACCUGCUGCCCCCAUCUACACAGACCCUGCUGUCAUAGCGGAGCGAGCGAUGCACAUGAAGUUCACUGAAGAAGCUCUUGACAUGGCGCGACUUGCUCUCAGAACCAACGAAACACCCGUGGGAUGUGUUCUUGUUCACGAUGGAAAGGUCAUUGCUCGAGGCAUGAAUGCAACCAACGUCACUCGAAAUGGUACUCGCCAUGCUGAGUUCAUGGCCCUCGGCGCUUUACUCUCUUACCCUCCCAAGAAUGGACCAAGGACAACCUACCUGAAGCCCAAGCCCGAGAAUCAGUCAGCCGAAGCUUCUGAUACAUCUUCUGUCGAAUCAGGACCCGUCGAUGAGGGUAAUGAGGAUGGAUCCAAGGGCCACCUCUACCCUUAUGGCCAGAAGUGCCACCCUGAUGCGCGAGUUGAUAGAUCUAUCAUUCGAGAGAGCAUUUUGUACGUCACUGUAGAGCCGUGUGUCAUGUGUGCUUCUCUCUUGCGACAACUCGGUAUCAAGAAGGUCUAUUUUGGCGCAGUCAACGACAAGUUUGGCGGAACAGGCGGUGUCUUCAGCAUUCAUGCCAACUCACUUCCUGUCAGUGCUGAUGGCCAGACUGCCAGCGCACAUCCAACACCAAAGCCUGCGCAGCUUCCAGACGGAAGUGGCACACUGGGCGUCUCGUAUCCUCCAGGUGGAGGAGACGGUGGAAACCUGGAAUCUGGUUACGAAAUUGAGGGUGGAUGGGGUCGUGAUGAGGCUGUCGCACUUCUGAGACGAUUUUAUGUCCAGGAGAAUGGACGAGCUCCGGUGCCUCGCAAGAAGGAAGGCCGUGCAGCUCGAUUGGCUGCCAUGAUGGAGGGCGAGGGCACCGGUGAAGGCACUGGCGAGAGCAACGGUGAAAGCAACGGGGAGGAUAAUGGCGAAGGCAACGACGACGAAAACAGCGAAGAAACGCCAACUCCGGAUCUUGCUGCCACUGAACCCGAGCCCCAAGUUCUUGACCUGCCCACUUCAACUCAAACUCUGAAGGAAACGCCCGCGCCGCUAGGUGAUCGUACCAACGUCUAGAACAGCGUUGUCGCGAUGCCGCUGCCGCAUCUGCGCCGUAAGAGUAACACAGAAAAUGGUGGAGCCACGGAAUAGGUGGACACAUCCCAUGGAACCUAGCUGAUGGAACUGUAUCCAUCAGCCCUCCGAGACACCUGUGCCAAAGUAUUGAAAGCACAAUUGGAGAGGAUAAACUCAUUUUAGACGUUUGGAGGGUCGAGUUGCAGUUUCGGUGGAACUUUGAACAGAAUUGCUGUGGGAGGAUGGCCUUUGACUUUUGAUGCAUUUUGGGCGAGCAUGACGCUCAAGCGGAGGACAUGGCGUGCGGGCUGCUGAGUUCCAGUCGAUUGGGGGCAAGGAAGAGUGCUGUCACUGGAUGGUGUUGUGGUUUGUGAUAGCAUAAUACACUUAUGAAUAAGGCUGAUGGGUGGUCACGGAGUGCUGGGUAAAUUACCAUGCGUGGCAGUCUCUACCAUGGAGAGUGUAGAUCAUAGCAAGACCAGCAAUUUUGGGCAUGGAGGCCGAAGCUAGACUCAGUGACUCCUUGAGUUUGGCGGGAGCAAGUGACUGAUUCACUGACUAGACCCCAUAUCCCAUUCCAAAUCUCAAUUUAAUGGACAGAGAGGCCAAGACUAUUUACUUGCUUCAGCGUAGACAUGAGCAACGAUAACGAC